GCCAUGUCCGCUUGCAUCCCUGUCUAAAUUUGACGUAAAUUUUCGCCUGGGUCAGCGUGGUAACCGGUUCGGCCUAUCCCGCCCCUAAGUCCGGUGCUUGCGAGGUGGAGACCUCGGCCUUGGGGUCAGCGGUUAAAAGGCGGCUGCUUGGGCGGUGCCGGCCAUUCCCCGCUGGGACACCCGCGCCUGGGGCCUCCAGCAACCGUGGCUGGUCCCAAACUCGCUGAAUGAGCAACUCUGUGAGGCUCCGGCAGUCGCGGAAGGAAAAGCAUCCCUGCCAUUCGGGUCACGGGAACGAGAGUCUCAACCUCGUCUCUACGCAGGAAGGGAACAUGGAGGAAGAAAGAACAGCUGCUGAAUUACGGAAAAAUAUGGCACAGGACCCAGUGGUCUUUGAGGAUGUGGCUGUGGACUUUACCCAGGAGGAGUGGGCUUUGCUUGAUCUUGCUCAGAGAAACCUCUACAGAGAUGUGAUGCUGGAAAACUUCCGGAACCUGGCCUCAUUAGGGUAUCCACUACACACACCCUAUCUGAUCUCCCAGUGGAAACAAGAGGAGGACCUGGAGACAGCGGAGAGAGAACCUGUCCAUGGGGAGCAUCAGGAAGGUUUUGGUACUCAACUUAAAACUAAUGAGUCAGUUGCUCCACAAGAUAUUUAUGGAGAAAAAAUAUCCAGUGAACAGAAUGUAUCAAGGUUCAAAAGGAGCAAUUCCUCGUUGUCCAUUUUACACAAAAGCUGGCAAUACCAUGGUAUUGAUUAUCGGAACAAAAACUCUGAGAGACAUUUGAGAAGUCACAUGGUGGAGAACAUCUUUGAACGUAAUGAAGAAAAUCAGUGUGGACAAACCUUUGGCCAAAUUUCAAAUCUUAAUAUAUUCAAGAGAACUACUGGAGUAAAAGCCUAUGAAUGCCAUGAGUGUAAAAAGGCCUUCAUAGAUCACUUAUCCCUUAAGAAUCACAUAAAGUGUCACAUUGGAAGCAAACCCUAUCAGUGUAAGGAAUGUGGGAAAGCUUUCCAUUUUUUUGCUUGUUUUAAGAAGCAUAUGAAAAAUCCCACUGAAGAGAAACCCUAUGAAUGUAAGGAAUGUACCAAAGCCUUCAGUUGUUCUUCAUUCUUUAGGGCACAUAUGAAGAUUCAUGUAGGAAAGACAAACUAUGAAUGUAGGGAAUGUGGGAAAACCUUUAGCUGUUCUUCAUCCCUCACAGAGCACAGGAGGAUUCACAGUGGAGAUAAGCCUUACGGAUGUAAGGAGUGUGGGAAGGCCUUCAGUUGUUCCUCCUCACUCUCCAAACACAAAAGAAUUCACAGUGGAGAUAAGCCAUAUGAGUGUAAGGAGUGUGGGAAGGCCUUCAGUUCCUCUUCUCACCUUAUAAUACACAUAAGAAUCCACACUGGAGAGAAGCCUUACGAAUGUAAAGAGUGUGGGAAGGCCUUCAGCGAGUCCUCAAAGCUCACCGUACACUUGAGAACACACACGGGAGAGAAACCCUAUAAAUGUAAGGAAUGCGGGAAAGCCUACAACUGUCCUUCCUCCUUAAGUAUCCACAUGAGAAAACACACUGGGGAGAAACCCUAUGAAUGUCUGGAAUGCGGAAAAGCCUUCUAUCUUCCCACUUCCCUGAAUACGCACGUGAAAAAUCAAAGUAGAGAGAAACCCUACGAAUGUAAGGAGUGUGGAAAAGCCUUCAGCUGUCCCUCAUCCUUUAGAGCACAUGUGAGAGAUCACACUGGAAAAGUGCAGUAUGAAUGUAAGGAAUGUGGGAAGGCCUUCAGUCGUUCCUCAUCCCUCACCGAACACUUAAGAAUUCACAGUGGAGAGAAGCCUUAUGAAUGUAAGGAAUGUGGGAAAGCCUUUAUUAGUUCCUCCCACCUUACAGUACAUAUCAGAACUCACACUGGAGAGAGACCUUAUGAAUGUAAGAAAUGUGGAAAAGCCUUCAUUUACCCCUCAGCCCUUAGGAUCCACAUGAGAACACACACUGGGGAGAAACCCUAUGAAUGUAAAGAGUGUGGAAAAGCCUUUCGCCAUUCUUCAUACCUUACUGUCCAUACAAGGAUACACACUGGAGAGAAACCCUUUGAAUGUCUGGAAUGCGGGAAAGCAUUUAGUUGUCCUUCAUCCUUUCGAAGACAUGUAAGAAGCCACACUGGUGAGAAGCCCUAUGAAUGUAAGGAAUGUCAGAAAGCCUUUGUUUGUCCCGCUUACUUUCGAAGACAUGUGAGAACUCACACUAGAGAAAACACAUAAAGUAAGGAAUAAGGAGAUGUCUGCAAGGCUUUUUCAAAUCUUGGGUAACAUGUGAGAUCUCACACUGUGGAGACACCCUAUGAAUGUAAGAAAUUGUUUCUCAUCUUUUUGAAGAGUUUUGAGAAUUCACAACUGAGAGAAACCGUGUGUAUGUAAAUCAUAUGGUAACAGCUUCAUGAACAUCACUUAUUGUGUUCUAAGAAAAUUCAUACUAGAAGCAAAGGUUGGUGCCUCAUCCUUAAAGUGGACUACUGCUGGCUCAUUGAUUUCCAGUUUUAAUUUUCUGAUAUGAAUGUUGAAGGUGAUAAAUUUCCUCUAAUACCUUUCAGCUCUAGCUGCAUAUGUUUUAUUAUGAAGUGCUUUUAUUUUGGUUUGGAUGUAAAUGUUAUUUCCAUUAUAGAGUUUUUUGGACCAAUCAGGGAUUUGAAGUGUAUUUUUUCAUAUACAGGCAUGAAUGGCCUUUCUUAAAAUUUUUAUUAUUAGUUUCUAAUUAAUUCUCAUUUUUCUCUAAGUGUGCAGUUGUGGUAUCAACACUUUGGUAUUUGUAAUUUUUUUGUAAAUGGUAAUUUCAUUUUGAUCUAUUAUGGCAGAAACUGGAAAUUGCCUACCCAAUAUUCCCCCCACCCUUUUUUCUUUUUCCACUAAAAGAUUAUCAGUUUUUACUAUUAAAAGCUUUUCCUAUCUAAUAAGUAAUCCAGUGGAAAUUCAUAAGUGCAAAGGUCUUGAACGAAGAGUCUCAUCUGUUAUAUUUUUGUAUUUUGUUCUUUGUCCUUGCUCAUGACUGGGGAUUGAACCCAGUGUUUUGAAUUUUUAUAAAAGAGACCUUAUGACAGGAAAGCUAGAAGUAAAGUUGGUUGGGCUGGCUUGUGUUGUGUUACUUUGGGUGUGGCUGGGACUACAUUUCCCAGAAUCACUUCCUUAUCCAUUUCUAGAUUACAGUUGUCUAAAAUAAGAAUUUGUGUGAGAAUUGGAAGGCAGAGGGAAGAAGCCAUUAUUCUGAGUUUAGCGGGGCCAUGAGACAGGGAGACAGAUCUGUAGGGGCCUUGUGAGCUCCAGUUUCCAGCUCAUUUUCCUAAUUGUUGGACUCACUGAUCAAUACUGGCUCAAAAUGGAACAUUAAACGCGUGACUUCACUUAUCUCAGAGGCAGCAGCUCCAUAGACAUUUCCAUAAAUUCCUCCAUCAUGGCCAUACACGGCUGCUUGGAUUUUUCUGGCAAGUUCUUGCUUUGUAAUUUUGCUGGUAUCACAGCCCCUCUGGCACAUCAACUGAACAUAUAGAGUUGGCCCCAGUUUGGAGGAGCAGUUUGUUGUCAUCUGCAUAGUCCAGCCCCAUCAUGUCACUCUGCUCAAGGAGAAAGACACAUCUGUGCAAGUCUCCUGUGAUCUCCAGACAAGGAGAGGAGCUGUGGACAGUGAGGAAGAUUAGGUGUAAUUGAGGUAAGCAUCAGAUAGUGUCCUGCCAUUUUAGUGGAGGAAGGUUUACAUUUAACACCUUCAAAAGGGGAAGAGUGUACUUUUUUUUAAUCUGAGAAGAUGAAAACCAUUGGUUUGUGGUUCUUUAGGUACAUUUAGCCACACUUUUUCCUUCCAUUUUAUUUCUCAUUUACGUCAAAAAGUAUAACUGUACCACUUUUCCUUAAUUACUUUUUACUGUUUUAUUAUGGCAUAUAUACACUAAUAUGUAUGAAGUGUGCUAAUCUUAAGUGUACAGCUUGAUGAAAUUUCACAAUGUAUAUACCCUGGUAAACAUAGAACAUUUCCAGGAUCCAGAAAUUUCAUUCAUCUGCCUUUUCAAUAAUUGCUGCAUGGAGGCAACCACAAUUUUGGCUUCUGUUGUAAUUAAUUAGGUUCACUUGUUCUUGAUCUUCAUGUAAAUGUUAAAAUACAAUAUCUACAGUUAUGUGUUGGGCCUCUUUUCUCAAUAUGAUGUCUGAUUUGCCUUUUAAUUGGCCUUUGGGCAGGCUUAUGAACUUAUUUCUCUUGGUGUAUGCUUUGUAUAUAGGAAUGAAAUUACUGAAUCAUAGGAUAGACUUUAUUUUUAGUUUUGGUAGGUAUUUCAGUUUUUCAAAAAGUUUGAUUCCACCUAUAUUCUUAAAAGCAAUGCAUGAAAGUCCCAAUUGUUCCACAUACCUGGUCAGCACUUUCUAAUUUUAGCCAUUCAGUAUAGGAUGUGCUAAUAUCUUGUUUUUGGUUUUAAUUUGCAUUUAUCUGAUAUGUGAUAAUGGUGAAUACUUUUUUAUGCACUUGUUGGCUAGUUGGAUAUCGUUUUUUUUUUGGCUGUGCUGCAUGGCUUGUGGGAUCUCACUUCCCUGACCAUGGAUUGAACCCCAGCCAUGGCAGUGGUGAAAGCUCAGAAUCUUAACCACUAGGCCACCAGGGAACUCCCGGGAUAUCUUCUUUUAUGAGGGUACCUGUUGAAGCAUUUCACCCACUUUAGGUUCUUUUUUUAUUUUUAUUUGAAGGGUUUCCUCUGGUUACUUGUCCUUUUUUUUUUUUUUUUUUUUUUAAAAAAAACUGUGUGUGUAUCUCAGUCUAUAUCUAGUUACAUACAUAUACAUAAAACGUGUUAUAUGCUAUAUAUAUAUAUAUAUAUAUAUAUAUAUAAAGUUAUGUAUAUUAUAUAUAUGUGUAUUGCAGAAAACUUUUCCCAGUGUCUGGCAUGUGUUCAUUCUUUUCAUUUUUGUAAACUAUAAAGGGAAUUUAUUGGUUCAAUUACUGAAAAAAUCCUUGGGUCUAACUAACUUAAGAGAUGGCUGGAUCCUGGAGCUAAAAAGAUGUCUGUCUCCAUGUUGUGGCUGUGCAUCUUUCUGCAUUAGCUAUUCUUCCUUGUGGGCUCUUUCCCUUCACAGUGACCCUCAGAAGAUCCUGGCUGCUUUCUUUCUGGGUUGAAGUCGCAGGGAAAAGAGAGUGAUUGUCUUUCUGAACAAUUCCAAUAUGCUUAUUCCACUUGAAUCUGAUUGGCUCACUUGCCAACUGUUGUCAAAUCACUGUGGCCAGAGAAAUGUAAUUCUCUGGUUUGUUUAGGACUGGCUUCCAUACUCAUCCAGAAAAGAGAGCGGAUUCAGUCCUAUCUGAAUCAUAGGGUCCUGGCAAUUGUGAUGUAUAAGGUUAAGGGAGGAGGUAACAGGGAGCAGGUAGGGUAUAAAAAUAGAGGUGAUAAUAACAUCAGCUAGCACAAUGUGCUUACUCUGGUCUUAGCAAUUGGAGGGAACUGUGAAGUCUUAAGAGCUCUCAGCCAGGGCUAAGUAGUUCUGGAAAUCCUUCCAGAAAGGUUUGAUUCUGUCUGUUACCAUUUCUUUAGAUUGCUAAAGAUAUUUUCUCAGUCUUUACGUAGCUUUGCAGUAUUUUUGGAUAUCCAGUAGCAAGAGCCUUCCAACAUUUUUAUUCAUCAAGGUUGCCUUGCCUUCUCUAUUUCCUAUUUGAUCCUAUAUUAAUUUUAGAUCUUCUUGCCAGUUUUCACAAAUCUUCUGGGACUUUGCUUGGAAUUGCAUUGACUUUAUAGAAUAACCUGAAUAAAACCGACAUCUUUACAAUAUUGAGUCCUCUAUUGAUGAACAUAAUAUUAAUUAUUCAUUUCUCUAGGUCAUCUUUAAUUCCUCUUAACAGUGUUUUAUAGUUUUAAAAUUGUAGAGGUCUUGAAUAACUUUGUUUAAUUUAUUUCUAGGUAUGUGAUAUAUUUUCCUUUGUAAAUAUUUUUAUUUAUUUUCCAAUUUUGGGGGUUAGCACAAAGAAUUGCAGUUUCUUUUUGUAUGUUGAUUGAUCUUUUAUCAAUGACAUUUAUAAAUUCAAUUAUUUAUUCAAAUAGUUUAUGAAUUAUUUUGGAUUUUCUGUGUAUACAGUCCAGUCAAUGAUAAUAAAAGAAAGUCUUACUUGAUUUCUCAACUUUAUCUUUUAUUUUUCUUGCCUCAUUGCUUAAUAGUGAUAAAUAGAAGUGAUGAAAAUGAACAUCUUUGCCCUGUUCCUGAUUUUAGGGGAAAGUGUUCUAUAUUUUACCAUUAAGUAUAAUAAUAGCUGUAAGUUUAUCACAGAUAACUUUUUUUAAAUGAAAGAAAUUCUGUUCUAUUCCUCGAUUGCCAAGAUUUUUUUUAAUCAUUAAUGGAUAUUGAAUUUUAUCUAGUGCCUUUUCUGUCUAUGUCAGGGUCUUUAAAAAAUCCUUUGGUCUGUUAAUGUGGUAAAUUACUACAUUCCUUGAUUUUCAAAUGGUAAAACAAGAUGUAUUCAAGAUGUAUUCCUGGAAUAAACCGUACUUGG